UGAUUAAAUUUGCUGAACAUCCUGCUAGCGAUUAGGUGGAAUGGAAACCGAAAGUGACUAUGUUUUCAGAAAAGAAACAUUAUUGUUUGUGGGCGGGGCUUAAGUUGACACUAUAAAUUCAUGCCACCGUCCGGAAGACUUCAUUGGCGUGAUUUACCUGACUUCAGAGUAUUCAGCAGAACUUCAGAUAUGAACAGCUCGGUAAGCCGCGUGAUGGAACUGACAAUAAGACUGCUGGGAGGAGUUGUGAAGCGUCUGGAGGUGAACGGUGAUGCCACAGUUGGCGAACUCAAGCAGCGCAUUUCUCAGCUCUUCGGAGAGCCUCCUUACAAACAGAAGCUUUCUGCCGAUAACGGUACCCAUAUCAGCCUCGAGGAUGAUUCCAGAACCCUCAGCAGUUACGGGUUGCACUCUGGAUCAGUGGUGAGUCUGCUCAUCACGAACCCAGCUGGACCUUUCCAAGUGUUCGUCAGGAAUGAGAAGGGCCAGACUGGAACGUAUGAUGUUGAUGUCAAUGAGACCGUGGAUCAGCUCCAGACUAAGAUCUACAACAAAGAGAGAGUCCCGAAGGAUCAGCAAAGACUGAUUUACAACGGAAGACAGCUGGAGACUGGAAGGAAGUUGCAAGAAUACGACAUCACACCACUGAGCACCAUUCAAAUGACUCUCCGUCUGCGAGGAGGUUAAUGGAGGAGAUCAGCGCGACCAGGAUUUAUAACCGAUCCAGCUAUUUUAAUGACUAAACACUAGACAUGCCAAAAUAGGAAAAGUCAUAAUGAAAGACAUUUUUAUUCGGUCUGGAUAAGAGUGUCUACUAUAUGAAUGCAAAUAUGUCUAUCUAAGUAGUAUCAGAAUAUGUAUUCAUAUGUUGAUAGUGUCGGAUAUAUAAUUUUCAGAAACGAAACAUUAUUGUUUGUGGGCGGGGCUUAAGAUGACGCUUUGAAUUGAUGCCUCCGACCUAAUAUAGGAGCUGGAGUGAUUUAUCUGUUAUCAAAUAGACUAUAUACGUCUUAUAAAAUUAUUGCACGUUAAUAGCAUAUAGUAAAUUGAUAUACGCUAAACUCAGAUUUUUAAA